AAUGCCUUGAGGGGUUGUUUUCUCACUGGUUAUUGUAACAAUAAAGAAAGAGAUUGUUUUCCUUUUUUUUAUUUUAAACUAAACAGAAUUUUUUUCUGGCUUUUCAAGAUGAAGUAGGUUUACGUUUAAUUCAGCCAUUGGGGUUAUGCGUACAUUAAGAACCAAACUAGAUCAAGCUGACGUGUACAUAUACUUAAACUUGUUUUUACAACAAUGUGGUGACAUUUGAGCUGUUGUCCUAAGGGCUGCUUGAUACGCUUGAUGCGUGAAGCCCUUUGGGAGAAUCUUAAGCUAACUUCAGAGAGCCGUGGCGCUGAUGUCUCUCCGUCUCUUCAUCUCUGCUGCUCUCUCUAAAACCACCACAACACCGAACGGGAGUGAUUUUGUUCGACGGCGUGGACGUCACAACCGUGGAUGAAAAUGCUCCAUCAUCGGAGAUACACAUCCGUCUCUGGCCCCUUUAGAGCAUUUCCCAAACCGCUGCAGUGAUCUCAGAGGAGCCAAGCAUGAAACCUCAAAUCCCAGCAGGAGAAUUGUUCUAUAAAAGGAUCUGGAGGCUGAGAUAAACAGCCAGGGCCACAGCAUCACAAGGAUUUGAACAUCAGUGUGAUUGCUGCAGGAUCAGGAUGCACAACCCUGCUCAGGAAAGCGUGGUGGGAUACCCGAGUGGAAGUGUGGUGGACAAAGAUGCGAAUGCAGAGACCACCCUGGGAAGCGCCUAUUCGCCAGUGGACUACAUGAGCAUCACCAGCUUCCCCAGACUUCCAGAGGAUGACACUACGUCUGCAGAAAACGUGCUGAAAUCUCGAAGAGAUGAAGACAAUGUCCUCAGUGAGCAGGAUACAGACCCAGAUCUGUUUUUGAGGUCCGUUCGCCUCCAGCGUCUCCCAUCCUCAGCUUCAGACUUGGCCAGCCAGGAUGUUGCGUCCCUAAGGGAAACCAACAUGGACCCCUUCAAAGAGGACUGCGCCUGUCAGCGAGAUGGAAUGACGGUCAUAAUGACAGCCUGUCUCACCUUCGCUACAGGUGUCACUGUAGCUCUCAUCAUGCAGAUCUACUUUGGUGAUCCGCAGAUCUUCAACCAGGGUGCGGUGGUGACAGAUGUGGCUCAGUGUACGUCUCUUGGUUUUGAUGUUCUGGGGAAGCAGGGGUCCAGCGUCGAUGCUGCCAUCGCUGCUGCUCUCUGUUUAGGAAUCAUCCACCCUCACACAUCCGGCAUAGGGGGCGGUGGCGUCAUGCUGGUGCAUGACAUCCGUAAGAAUGAGACGAGAGUCAUCGACUUUAGAGAGACGGCGCCGUCUGCUCUCCAUGAGGACAUGCUGCUCACAAACCUCGACUUUAAUUCAGGCCUUCUGGUGGGAGUUCCAGGCAUGCUCAGUGGGAUGCAUCAGGCACAGCAGCUUUAUGGCAGGUUACCAUGGAAGGACGUGGUUUCCAUGGCAGCCAAUGUGGCCAGAAAUGGAUUUAAUGUUACUCAUGACUUAGCUGAAGCUCUGUCUGAAGUCAUGAACCAAAACAUGUCCGAGGCUUUUCGGGGAUUGUUUUUGCUUAAAGGUCAGGCCCCUCUCCCUGGAUUCUUCACCCAGCGUGACGACUUAGCUGUCAUUUUGGACGCUGUCGCAGCUAAAGGGAUAAACGAGUUUUACAGCGGGAAUCUGGUGCAGGAAAUGGUGUCUGCUGUGCAAGCAAGAGGCGGUGUUCUGACAGAGGAUGACUUUGGAAACUACAGCACCGUCCUACAGAAGCCUGCAGAAGUCACCUAUCAGGGAUAUCAUGUUAUGGCCGCUCCAGCUCCACAUGCAGGCAUCGCGUUGAUCACUGCACUCAACAUCCUUGAAGGCUACAACAUCAGCAGCCAGAUGCCCAGAAAGGACACCUACCACUGGAUUGCAGAGGCUGUGAAGAUAGCGUUGGGCCUGGCUAGUAGGCUGGGAGACCCUACUUAUGACCCAUCAGUCGCAGAGACGGUGGCCAACAUGCUGAGUAAAUCACAGGCUUCCCAGCUGCGCCAGAAGAUCAGUGACUCUCAGACAUUCCCUGUCAGCCAUUACACUACAUCUUUUACCUUGGAGGAUGGGUCAGCAGCUGCCCAGGUCAUGGUCAUGGGUCCAGACGAUCACAUCGUGUCAGUCGUGAGCUCAUUGAACAAACCGUUUGGCAGUGGGAUAGUGACUCCUUCUGGAAUUCUUUUGAACAGCCAGAUCCUGGACUUCUCCUGGCCUAAUAAAACAAAGAAUGCAUCCGCUAACCCACACAACACUCCUCAGGCUGGGAAACGCCCCAUGUCCUUCCUGAUGCCCACAGCUGUGAGGCCAGCUGUGGGCUUUUGUGGCACAUACGUAGGAGUUGGAUCAUCCAACGGCGAGAAAGCUCUCAGUGGCAUCACACAGGUACUGAUGAAUGUCCUCUCCUCACAUAAAAACUUGAAUGACAGUUUAGCAUCUGGGAGACUCCACCCACAGCUGGAGCCCGACACCCUCCUGGUGGACGCUGAGUUUUUGGAAGAUGACGUGAAGCUGCUGAAGGCCAAAGGACACACAGUUGAAAGGAUGGGUGUCCUUUCGUUGGUGGAAGGCACACGGAGAACCAAUGACCUCAUCAUUGGAGUGAAGGACCCACGUAGUGCUGAUGCUUCUGCCCUCACCAUUUCCAACACACCUUAGUGCAUCCAUCACUUUUUCCAGUAUUCACUCACAUUACAGCAGGGAUCAAACUCGUAGGAUACUAGUGAAAGAAGAAAAGGUGGAAUAAAAAUGAUCAAACUACUACAGUCAUCAAAAUCUCACAGCAAACUGCCAUUUAAAUAAAAAUCCACUUAGCUUUCUGUGAGUUCACCUCACAUCUGUUUGCUCGAGUCACACGGUACAAGGUUUUCAAAGUAAAAGCCCACCCAGCAGUGGCACUAAAGUUAGCUGCAAAUGAAAUAAUGUAAUUGCUGAACUUAUGAGAGGAAUGUUUGAGAGUAUUUUCUCUAUCACUGUUUAGUCAGAAUUUCAGAGGUAAAUUAUUGAGCAAUAAAUGAAAUCAUAAACCAAUAAUGUAAAAUGUACAAAAAAAUGCAUAGUGUGCAGUACAUGCAUUAACAGUCAACUUAUUUUUUAAUGUUUUUUGUCAAUUAUUCCAAAUAUUACCAAGGAUGUUGCUAGAUGACAAGUGAAGAGACUUGCUUUGUCUUUGUCUAACUGUCCUUCCCUUGCUUGUAGUGUGGCAUGUAACUGUGAUUAUGUUGUCUUGCACAGCUGCUGGAGUUUUACCUUCUUUUUGGGAACAUGUUAGGUGAUAACAUACCCAGACAGAGAUGUUUAACAGGAAUGUGAUUUCCACAUCUUGGUUUACUACUUUUACUGAGAUGGUUUUAUUGAUUUUAAAGUAUUUCUUAUAUUGUUACUGUUCUUUUUGCAUUCUUAAUAUAGUUUUAGUGGUUUAUUUGCUGCUUUUCUUGAAAAUCAUUAGAAUUAUUUGAGAGAGGGUCACCCUUGUUCUCUGAAUGGGAAUUAAAACAGUUUAAUGUAAAAUCAAUUUUUACAUCACUGUUUGACUGUACAUGUUUUUAUUCCUAAAAUCUAUAUUCAGCCUGGAACUCUUCGGGAUGGGUGUCAUGUGUUUUUGGUGCAAUUAAGCGGAAUAAUAGAAGUAAAAUCGAACACGUUUUUCUCACACACUAAAUUGAUCAAAUAGGUUUCUAAUCUUAGAGUCUUGUCUUGUGUACUGUUAAUGCACACAUUUGCACACCUGAUGUUUGAUUAUUUUGUGUUUAUGAUUGAAGGAAAAAUCGGUUUUGUUCAAAUUUGUGAAAUAAAAAUGUUUGCACAUACCC